AUGACACCUGUAUAUAAUCUGUCAAACAAAGAGUUUAAUCCAUACCAUUUAUCAGUUCUCAAUAAGGGACGCACAUUUAUUCUGGUGUGCAAACCAGACCCUUUCCAAGUUGAAAUAGAAAUGUAUAAACUCAAGAGAAUUUUAUAUACUAAUGAAAUCAGAAAGAAUACUAUUAAGAAGCCACAGGAUCAUCAGUUUGUAUCUAGAAGCAAGAAGGAGAUUUACAGCAAUAACAGCUUGAUAAAAUCUUUCACGCAGGCGGUGCAUAAAGACGCAUUACAACUCUCCAAAAGACCACCCAAACACAGAUACAAUCUAUUGAAAGAAGAAAAAUCAGCAUUGGUUGACCUAAUGCGAAAUCCUUCGAUUGUCAUCCGGCCGACUGACAAAGGUGGUGCAAUAGUGAUUCAGACAUAUACAAAAUAUAAAUUUGAGAUCCUCAGUCAGCUGAACGAUGAAUAA